CUGAUUUAUAUAGCACGUGGAUACACGCAAAAUAGUUAUUAAUUGCAAACCCACUGUUUGUUAAUGCAGUGCCGCAAUGAUGAUUAAUUUCUGAUACGAUUUGGAAUUUCGAUUUCGAUUUUUUCAAAUCGAUCAACGAUGAACAUAGAACGUCUCGAACAGUGAAAAAACACGUCCUGAAAUUUUUCAAAUAGAAUUGCUAUAACAACAAAUUCAAGACUUAUAAAGCUACCGAUUGAUAAAUCAAAUGUUAUGUGUUAAGAUUAAAGCGCUUUUCGCAUAUGGACUAGUGAUUUUACCGUAUAAUAUUAAUGCUAUGGUGAAAAAUGUGAGGAUUUACCUUGGUGAGUUUUGGCAGCCAUUUUGUUUCCCUCACUUCGGCUGUUUCCGUAACUUUUCAAUUUAUAUAUUUUAUGAGUAUUUAGACGAUUCCUGUCAACAACGACAAUAAAUUGAUAUCGAUAAAGGAUUAUGCUACAUCUUAUGUUGGAUGAUAAAUCAUUCAUUUCCAAAUGAAGAUCCGAUUUUACUUCGGAUUUUGUCGUUGCACAAUGAAUGACCUCAAUUCUCAGGUCAAGGCUAGAUAUAAUUUGGAAUGGCACAUAUACGAAAUUUAAGAGAUUUUCGACGUAUAUUUCUACCUCAGAUGAAACUGGAAGGGGAAACAUUUCAGAGGAUCAGGUGUAUAUGCAACUGUCCAGUCACAAUCACAAGCAAUAGACAAUUCAAGAAUGCUAUAUUGACAAGAUAUCAUAAUCACUGUCAUAUACAACAUAGGGCAUUCUUUCACCCUCCAAAGCUGCCAAAUAUUAACCCUUUCACUGCAAGUAAAAAGAAGGAAUAUUCAGAGCGGAGAAUCGUAGGUUUUUCCAUGAAAGAAAUGUUUGAUGUAGUGAGCAGUGUAGAUAAAUACAAAGACUUCUUACCAUACUGCGUAGAAUCCACCAUGUUUGCUAAGAGGAAGAAUACAGCUAAGUGUUCUAUGAAGAUUGGCUUCCCUCCAUUGGUAGAGAAAUAUACCUCUGUUGUCACCCUUGUGGAACCACACUUAGUUAAGUCUGAGUGCACUGAUGGUAUGCUAUUUAACCACCUGAUCACAUACUGGAGGUUCAGUCCAGGUUUGCCUGGCAGAGAGGACACAUGUACAAUAGAUUUUUCUGUGUCAUUUGAGUUUCGAUCAGCGCUGCACUCACAAUUUUCGCAUUUCUUUUUUGAUGAGGUGGUGAAAGUGAUGGUGAAAGCUUUCCUUAAGCGAGCAAGACAUUUAUAUGGACAGGAAUCAAUGAAGAGUCAGAAGCGUGCCAUAGUUGACUCUUGACAAGACUGCAAUUAGGAGAAUUAUAUAAUAUGCUUUUCAACACUGUAUACUUUCUACAUGCAUAUAAUAGUGAUUAUUAACAAAUUGCUGUUGAGCUGUCUAGUUAUGAAUAGGUUAACUCCUAUAAUUCCAAUAGUAGCAAAUAGAUUAUACUAUGAAAAAAUAUUGUUUUGAUUUGGACUCACUGUCUAAUAUAUUUCAAUCACACACUGUGUUAUUGUUUUGAUCAUAAGAUCCCAUGAAUGUAUAUUUUAGUCUUUUGAAACUGGUAAAAUGAAUACACAGUGUACAAUGUAUAGAUGAAUAAGAAAUUUUAUUAAAAGUCUGGGUAACCAGGAAGCUAUCAUAUCCUCUGUUUUAAGGAUAUGCCUUAUAUCAAAAAAAAAACUCAGAUGAUUUGUAGAAAUGGAUAACAAAUAUAUGCAAACCCUCUGGAAGGGUAAGAUCAAUUAAUCAAUUGUGUCCUAUGAUUUUCCUCACUGAAUUAGAGAGGAUUUUCAAGAGGAUGUGUAACUGGAUUUUAAUUUGCGUUGGCGAUUUAAUUUUGUUCUGUGAAUUUGCAACAGCAUUAACAGCAUUGAAAAUAUAGCUUUCUUGGGUCAAGUUUGAAACAUAAUGUGGACUAAAUAGUGUUUAAAUAAAAUUGAUUCUGUAUCAUUUAAAUUGUUGUGGAGAAAUGUAAUACUUGUUCAAGUUGAU